AUGGUUCCCCGCCCCGGCAGAGGGAUGGAGGCGGGCGGGCAUCCCGCGGGCUGGCUCCGGCCCCGGCUCCCCGCGGCCCCACUGCGCGCCGAGCGGGGAGCGGAGCAGAGGCGUCGGCCAGGUCGGGGGCGACGCGACGGCAUGGAGCAGGGCGGCCGCCGGGCUUUCGGCAGCAUCUGCCCCAACCGGGCGCCGGGCCCGCCCGUCCGCGGAGCUAAAAAGCCCGCGCGGUCCAGCGGGGCGGCGGCGGGGACAUCUCCGACGGGGCUGAGCCCUCGCGGACCUGAGCCCCGGCCCCGCCGCGGCCCCUCCGGCCCGGCCCCAGCUCUCUCUCACCGCCGUCUCUCGCCGCCCACGGCGCACGCCGCCCGUGACUGGCAGGAGCUGGUAGCCCGCGGCCCCGUCCUCCCAGCCGCCAUGGUCGGCCCCGCCGCCCCACCGCAGGGCCCGUGCCUGCAGGAUGAGCCGGAGUUCGAUUUCCAGGAUCUCAGAGAUGCUGUCCAUGAUUUUAUGUCUGAUGCCUCCACCUGGGUGCCCCCACCGCCGGACUGCGCUGACUUCGACUUCUCCCUCGGCGAGGACGUGGCCUUCGGCACCUGUGUGGAGCGCCCGCAGCCCCCGGAAUCCCUGCAGUCGUGCUGGCGGGACGCGGCCGAGAGACAAGGGCAGGCACUUGGAGAUGCUCUGGAGGAAAACAGCCAGCUGCAGGAGGCUCUGGCGCAGAAGCAGGAGGAGCUGGAGACGCUACGGGAGAGCAACGUGCAGCUGAAGGAGCUGGCGAACCAGGCUCGGCAGCUGGCCACGGUGCUCGACGGCAACGCGUUCACCUUGCACACCGCCGACGGAGGGUACCGCUUCCGAUGGGUGCCGCGCUGAGAGCCCGCGGGG